UCCAGGGUUGUUGACAGAAAAGGGAAGUUGCUCUCACUCUCUCUGAAACUCGGGAACUUUGGAGAUUAAUCUGUAGAGGUUACUGAAUCACCAUUACAAUCAUGGACUCCAAGCCAGAGUUGCGCCCCCGGCUGUGUCGUAUGAAGAAGGGAUCGACAGGCUACGGCUUCAACCUCCACAGUGACAAGAACAAGCCUGGCCAGUACAUCCGAGCUGUGGACGCCGCCUCACCUGCAGAGAAGGCAGGCCUGCGGCCCCAGGACAAGAUCAUACAGGUGAACGGUGUGGCGGUGCAGGACAUGCAGCACUCGGAGGUGGUUGGGGCCAUCAAGACUGGGGGGGCGGAGACCAGUCUGCUGGUGGUAGACGCAGAGACGGAAGCCUUCUUCAAGAGCUGCAACGUCCAGCCCACCGAAGCCCACCUCACCGGACCCCUGCCUCAGCCAGCAGUAACCAAUGGAGGAGCGUCAAAACCUGUGGUGAACGGAGCGCCUGUGGAGGAGCCAAAGCCCAAGGUGUCAGUCAGCUCCUCGUCCUCCACCACCUCCUCCAACACCUCCCUCCCUGCCGUCGUCAGCUCCGCCCCUCCGCCAGCGGAGGUGAGAACCCAGGUGGCGAGAGCUCCAGAGCCCAGCCUGAAGGCUGAGAGCGGGGAGCCAGGUCUGGAUCUGGGUCUGUCUCUGGCGCAGGCCAAGGAGAAAGCCAGGCAGAAACGAGCCGCCAAGAAGGCCCCUCAGAUGGACUGGAGCAAGAGGAACGAGCUCUUCAGCAACCUGUAGACCCUCCCUUCCCUCCCUUCAUCUCCCUUCAGUCAUCCCUCUUGUCCCUCCCUCAGUCUGUCUUUGUCUCUCUGUCUGUCUUUCUCUCUCUCCCUCAGCCUCUCCCUCAGUCUCUCUCCCCCUUUCUUUGGACGGCCUGACGUCAUGAAGGAAGCUGUAAAUGAAUGUCCACCUCCUUUGUUGUGCUCAAAUAUUUUAUCACACACACACACACACACUCACACUCACACACUCACACACUUGCCAACCAACACAUAAAGCAGUGUUAUGUUUUUCAUGAUUCCGUGAUUGCCAUCACUUGCUAAUUUAGGGGGCCGUCCUCAUCGUUAUGUAAGAUUGUUGACAUGUAGCUCUGAAGGGUAAUGAUUUAAAAUGUCCAAAUAUAUUGUAAUUAAGAUGAGAUUAAAGCUGACGCAUAAUUUAUUCUGUCAGGCAGAAUACAAAGCUUGAGGAUGCAGGGAAAACGAGGGUAAAGUGAUGAGUAUUUAAUGUAGUGAUAGAAUGUAUCCACUUAGUAUUGUGAAUAGAGAUGUGUAUGAUUUGAAAGUUGUCCUUAUUCGAUCGGAAGUCUGAUAAACGGCCGGUUGUAAGGCUUUUGUUCUUAAAUGACUUUGUCACGACAGUCAAUAUAUAUUGGUGAUGCAUUCAUCCCAGGUCCAGUUGGAUAGUUUUCAGAAUGACCAAACAGAUGCAUGACAGUGUGUGCCUCCUACCAGUGCUUUCAUAUCGGUUCCAAGUUUGUCAGACUACCUUUGUGAUUGGUGAUGUCACAGACCAGGCUGUGCUAGUGAUGCCCCAGGCACGCAUGUGACAGAGCCAGACAGAGCCACCGUUCCGAGUGUCACCAUGACAGGAAGUCUUGUCCUCCACUCUGAAGGUUCUAGAACCCCCGUGUAGUUCCGGGUGAUCGUUCCGGAGUAACCCUCCUGCUGUUCUUAUGAUACUGUGAGCAUUUCUGAACACCUGUGUCCGGAGUCGUCCCCCUCCCCCCUCCUCGUUAUCACAAUCACAACUUAACCGUUGGCCUGUCCAGUGUCCUAGCAUGUUCUAAAGAGAAAAAAUACAUGAGAUGAGAUUAUUUUUCAUAAAGGUUUUCUUUUUAUUAGAUUUGUACAUAAAUGAUAUCAGAGGAAAAGUGUCAUUUGAAGCGUAUUGUGGAGGAGUCUGUCGAGGGGGUACAGGACACUCUGGGGUCCCGGUUACCAUGGGAGACGCCGGGGGCCCUCCAGGUCACCCUGGACACGCUACUGUACUCGAUUGUACUCGACUGUACUCUCUGCUUGGAAGGGCACCGAUGAGGAAUAAUAAAACAUUUGGGAAUCAA